AACAAUGACCUGACAAUUCAACAGGAGACUUGAUUUUUGAAAUUUGUUAAAACAAUUACAAAAUGGUUAUUUCUGACGAAAGUGAUUUAAUUUUCACAAUUCGCAAUAAUGCGACAAAUAUUGUCACCCCAGACGACUCCGACAGUGUCCAAAAUGACGAUAAUAGCGACGAGGAAACGAAAAUUUUGUCUCUAGUGUGGAAAACCGGCAAGCUUGGGGCCGCCUAUUUCAACUUCAACGGGAAGCUUUUACACGUCUAUGAAGAAGUGUUGGAUUUAGCCCCCCAGUAUUACAUGACGUGUUCCAUAUAUCGUGAAGUAGCCCCAAAAUAUGUAAUAACAAUCGGUAAGAUGAGCGAUGAGUACGUCAAACAUGUGAUAGAUGUUGUGGCAUCGGUCAACGAAGCGACCACCACGACUGAUUCGCUUAGGACUCUGCCCCCCAACAUGUUUCUACUACGACUCAAAGAAUACUCGUCCGAAAUUUGCAGAUCUCUACUUUGCGAUUUAAGUCUCAUAGGCGCGUCGGAAAUGUCUGAAGCGGAAAGAGAAAUACACAUAAAUUCCUUGCUCAAUUUCGAUUAUAGAUGUUCAGUGCAUGCAGCAGGGGCUUUGGUUAAAUAUCUUGAUAAAAACUGGGCGCACUUUUUGUCCACUAGGGAUGAAUUACAGUUCAUACAAGUGUCCCAAGUUUCACUUCGAGGGCAUGUCUUGAUAGAUUGGACCACACUAAACGCACUACAAAUUUUUCAACAAUGUUCACACGACGCGAGUUUUAAAAGGGGCUUACAGGCGAGUAAUCGAGAAGGUCUUAGCGUUUAUCGGCUUUUUUCGUCUAGUUGCAAGUCGAAACUUGGUCAAAUAUGUCUUAAAAAUAUUUUACAAAAGCCGCUAAAUAAUAUUCACGAAAUUACGAAACGAUUGGAUUUUGUUACGUUCGUUUUGCACCCAAGUAAUCAAGAUUUUGUCGAAAGUUUGCAAGAUAAUAUCAGAAAUUUAUCAGACGUUUCCAUUAUUUUCUUGAAAAUUAAAAAUUCAAGAGCAACUUGCAGGGACUGGCGCAUAUUAUACAAGUCAAUCUACCACACAGUUUUUUUAAGAGAAUUAACAGCUCCUUAUCAAGAUGCGUGCGAACUUCUGUCCGAGUUUUACAAUUCGGUCACAAUGGAAUUACUUGGUUUGGAAGACUCAAUAAGCAAGGCGAUAGACUUUAGCGAUAAUAAAAAUUUAGGACGGCCUGUAAUUAAAACUGGACUUGAUGAAAGUUUAGAUGCCAAGAAAUUGCGUCGACAAGACAUUGCUCAACAUGUUCGUGCAGCGGCCGAAGUGGCAGCAGAACAGUUACCAGAUUAUUUACACGAAUGUGCAAUUGUGUAUUUACCAGAAAUGGGACAUUUGAUUGCUAUUAAGGAGUGGGAAUUGAAUUGUAAUCCCGAGGAGUUGAAAGAUUUAGGAUUCCAGUUCAUGUUUACGUUGCGUGGAACAAUACAUUACAAGAAUCCAAUGUGUUUAGAGUUGGACGAAAGCCUUGGCGACAUUAACGCUGAAAUAAUCGCCCACGAAAAUCGCAUUUUACGACGCCUCUCGUCAUUUAUCCUUAAAUACAACAAGGAUAUCAGAGAGCCUCUCAGAAUUUUAUCACUAAUCGAUGCGUAUUUUUCCCAUGUAAUUUUAUUUACUGAAUUUAUAAAAAAAUUUUUUAGGUUGAUAGCAAUAGCGAAAGUCUCGGCCCAAAAUAAUUACGUGCGACCUAGUUUAAAUAAUAGGAACAAGCACGAAAUCCGAGACUGCCGUCACCCUCUUCUGGAAUUAGUCUCAAAUUUUGAACCAAACGACUUUUGCUCAGGAAACAACCACAGUCACAUUAAAAUAAUCACCGGGCCUAAUGGUAGUGGCAAAAGUGUGUAUUUGAAACAAGUAGCGCUAGUUAUUUAUUUUGCCCACAUUGGCUCAUACGUGCCUGCCAGGAGUGCCAACAUUGGGAUGUUGCAUAGCAUACAUUCCAGAAUGCACGCGACGGAAUCGGCUGCUGUGCGACUUUCUGCGUUUAUGAUUGACACAAUUCAGGCCACACAAGCCAUUCAUAACGCGCGAAAUAAUUCUCUAAUAUUAUUGGAUGAGUUUGGGCGGGGAACUACAGUGGAAGAAGGUUUUGCUUUACUUUGCGGUUUUUUGACAGAUUUUUAUAAGCAGGGCAAGAGUUGCCCUCAUAUUCUUGUUUCGACACACCAUCAAAGCCUUUCUGAUUUUUUACCAGAAGAUGAUAUUGUUGAAUAUUUAAAAAUGACACAUUCGGAGGAAAAUGGGGCACUUUUGUUUCUUUAUAAAGUGACUAAAGGUAUUUCGAUGAGUUUCGCUAUGAAAAUUGCAGCUGAAGUCGGCUUGGAUCUAAGUAUCAUCAAACGGGCAGAUGAAUUGUUUGAAAAAAACGAAACGGUAACACCGUUGAUGCGUUAUGAGAAUUAUCCUACUUUCGUCAGUGAUAAUGCGUUGAUUGAAUAUCUAAAAGAUGUUAAUAUUCCUGAACUAGAUGACGAAAAAUAAUUGUGUUUAAAUUUUCCGCUCUCUAUUUAGUUAUGUAGGUUUUUGAAGUUGGAACUUGUUAGGUUGGCAAUUGUACUGUUUUUUUUUGACAUAAAUGGUACUGAUCUUUCGUUAAUAAAAACAUUUGUGUUUUUACUUUUAUUCCAUUUAAUAAACA